UCCCAGUCCUUCGUGCUCUCUCAGUUUCCUCACUCCCUCUCAUUUUCCGAGGCUUAAUAUUUUCUUAGGGUUUUCUCAAUGGCCUCAGCCGAGAUCGAGUUCCGUUGCUUCGUCGGAGGGCUCGCCUGGGCCACCGACAACGAAGCGCUCGAAAGAGCCUUUGCUCCUUUUGGCGAGAUCCUCGAAUCGAAGAUCAUCAACGACCGUGAGACCGGAAGGUCCAGGGGGUUCGGAUUCGUGACCUUCGCCAACGAGAAGGCCAUGAGGGACGCCAUCGAAGGCAUGAACGGCCAGGAUCUCGACGGCCGUAACAUCACCGUCAACGAGGCUCAGUCCCGCGGAAGCGGCGGAGGAGGAGGUGGAGGAUACGGUGGCAGCCGUGGGGGCGGUGGCUACGGAGGCGGCGGUGGAUACGGCGGUGGGGCCCGUCGUGAAGGUGGUGGUGGUGGCUACGGAAGUGGCGGUGGGGGUUAUGGCGGUGGUGGCCGUCGUGAGGGUGGAGGCGGCGGUGGGUACAGCCGUGGUGGUGGAGGAUACGGAGGUGGUGGCGGUGGAUACGGUGGAGGUGGCCGUGACCGUGGUUCUGACGGCGGUAGCUGGAGGAGUUAGAUGGAUAGUUGUUCUGGGACUGGUUUUAGGGUGUAUUACGUGUUAUGUGUAGGGUUAGUGGGUCUGGGUUAUCUCUUGGAAUUAUGGUGGUGAUGGUUUGUGUGUUCUCUAUCGGUUCUGUUCUGUUCUCUAAUUUUGAUCUAUGAAAAUGGUCGCUCUCUAUGUUACUUUUCGAUGUACUCAGUCCUUCAGAAAUUUGGUGUUUGAGAAAUGAAAUGAAGCUUCGUUGGCAUUGUUUUGUGUUA